AUGUCAAGCGCUAUAUCCAGAGAACGGGGUAAAGGGAAGCCGUACACUCAAGAUGCUUUGAAUGUUGGCGCUUCGCACCAUGCCGGUGCUGCUUCAAUGCCGAUGGGCGCACCUCAGCCCUCUUUUGCUACCCCAACUAUUCAGAAUAUCCCUGCGCCAGAACAAGGGUACGAUUUAACAUCAAGUCCCACAAUGUGUUUACCGGUGGGCACAACGAUACAUCCAAUGGGAUACGGUAUGUCGAUUCUGCACGGCGGCCAUUACGUGGCGAGGGGCAAUGCUCCUCCAAUGCGUGCUCCACCUCAACAGUACUAUCCACCACAACAGAUGUUCGUACAACAACAGCAACAGUUGUAA